AAAUAUAAUAAAUAGGGAGCAGCUGAAAAAUAUAACCUAAAAUAACCGAUAAUAAAAUUUGAUUAAAAUGUUUCUAACAAACAUUUUACUGAAAAAAGUCAAAAGCAAGCAUAUAAUGGUACAAAUGGAAAGUUUAGUCAGUGGACAUAAAUUCAAUAAAAUUAGGGAAAGAUUAGCAGACAAAUUGGAAUUAGUUCGUUUCGAUCCCUUCAUUCAACAAGAUUCUGUGUACAGAGAGAAGAAGAGAGUUCGUAGUAUGAAGUUUUAGGUUUAUAAUUUAUGUAGUAGUAUGUGUAUAAAUAUAAUAUCAUUAUAGGUGAUAUAUAAAU